CGGAGUAGUUAUAACAGCUAGGCUUCCUGGUAUUAAUUUGAUUUCAUCUAUUCUUCCAUGAUCAUCAAUUCAACCGUAAAUUUAUAGAUGAGGCUGGAAGGUCCAUGGCUAGGGUCAAGAUCCUAGAUCGCGAGGUCUAGGUUCGCAUUCUAUUCCCGAAAUUAAUCAGCUCGUCUUCUUACGAUUUCUCACGACUUCCCACCAGGUUGUCUAGAGCGCCUUGGGCUGCUGGAGCCUGUCUCCGUGCUACUCGGAAGGCGAGGUCUAACUUCCAACCAUCAGCCUAGGCUCUAGGGUUAAGUUAGAUAGCGCGCUGGGGAUGACGAUGGAAAAGUUAUAAAUAUACAGCCUUAUCCCACGACGAAGUAGAUCUUUUCCGUAUCAGCAUAUCCAGCAGAUUCCCCCUACCCAGUUUCAAUCUACUCGUUUAUCGAAACUCCAAUACAAGUCCCCCUUACCUAGGUAUAUAGCAAUCAUCAUGCGAUCAUUUAUUGCUCUACUUGCUCCGGUCCUCGCCGUGGCCACCCCCAUCGGUAUCAUCGGUGGAAGUGAUACUCCUCAGCCAGAUGAGAUUAGCAUCAUCAGCGCUUCCGCCAGUGGAAAUGGGUGUCCCCAGGGAACCGUGACUUCCGACCUCUCGACCGACCGAAAGGUCAUCACCUUCGGCUUUGACGCUUUCCAGGUCUACACCGGACCUGGCACCAAGCCAGCGGACAAGACCAAGAACUGCCAGCUCCACUUGAACCUCAAGUACCCAGGAGGAUUCCAGUUCGCUAUCGUCGAGUCUACUUACCACGGAUACGCUCAGCUUGAGACCGGUGUCACCGGUACCUUUUACUCGACCUACUACUUCUCUCAGGAUGCCGCCGCUACCACCACCACGAGGACCUCGAUCGACGGAGGUGGGAUCUGGGCUGAUGGCCAGGUAUACACUAAGCAGGACCAAGUCCCGACGGCUUCCAUCAUCUGGUCUCCUUGCGGCGCCACCGGAAUUCUCAACGUCAACAACCGCAUCGCGCUAACGUCGAGCAACGCGAGCGCCUCGGGCCAAAUCUCCGACGACGACGCCACAGUUGCCUUUACCCAGCAGGUGCACGUCAGCUGGCAAGCUUGCAAAUAGAUGGGACGAGCAAAAUCGAAUAGGUCGUAGAAAAGACUGGGUUGGGUGGACAUGUAAGGGGGAUAGUAAGAACGCGGAAUAAAAGGGGACGGAGCUUGGUUACCUGCCGAGUAAAUCACUUGUACAUACCUCUAGGUUAUAGGAUAAUCCAAUUACCCCUUUCAAACUGGAA